ACUAAUAUUUCUUAAAUCUGGGAAAACCGAUGACGUUUACAUAAUUUUAAGGCAUGUCAUCAGUUGGCGCCUAAAUCUAAUGGAAGGAGAUCAGCUGUCAAAAUGUGUAUCGCUACUGUACACGUGGGGAGCCAACAGUUAUGGUCAGCUCGGGCAGGGAAACGCAGAAGAUCAAGCCGAGCCGAGGCGUGUAGAAAGCGGACUGCAGGAGGAGCAGAUCCGCGCUGUCACCGGAGGAGGCGGACAUUCGGCUCUCAUUUCUGAUUCAGGCGAGCUGCUGGUGUGUGGACAGAACCACAAGGGUCAGCUAGGGCUCUGUCACACCUUAGAGAUUAUGACCUUUCAGACCUGCCCUUUACCUGGGUUUGGAAGAGUUCAGCAGGUGUCCUGUGGGUGGGACUUCACCAUUAUCCUGACAGGUGAUGGUCUGGUCUUGGCUUGCGGCUCUAAUGCAUUUGGUCAGCUGGGCGGUUCGGCAGAGAAAACACACUCAGCAGAGCCUCUACUCUUGAAGAGCUUCCAUGAGCCAGUUACUAGUGUGGCUGCAGGACUCAGACAUGCUUUAGCAAGCACAGCAUCAGGUUGUGUUUAUCAGUGGGGAACGGGUCUGUCUAGUCACGCUAAGAGAAUGUUGAAUCCCCAGCCUGUUCCUUCACAUCUUUCCUCGAAGGAGCCCUGCCUCGUCCCAGGCUUUGCUCAUGUGACCACACAGAAGGUCAUUGCAGGCUCCGCCCACUGUGCUUGCUUGACAGUGAACGGUGAUGUGUUCCUCUGGGGCAGCAAUAAACAUGGUCAGCUGAUCAGCGGGAGCCUCUUCCUGCCUCUUCCUGUGGCUUUGGAUCGGUCAAUGCUGCAGGACGAAAGGGUGAGCGAUGUUCACAGCGGCUGGACGCACCUCGUCGCACAAACUGAGAGUGGGCGGGUCUUUACGUGGGGCAGAUCCAAUUACGGACAGCUAGGCCAGACUAAUCACAGCAUGGAAAAACAGUCAUGUGAUGAGCGCCUUGUGAGAUCCCCUGUUGAGGUUAAAGCUUUAUUUGGAGCCACACAGAUUUCAUGUGGAUCUGAACACAACCUGGCUGUUGUGGGGGGUCGGGUCUUCUCCUGGGGCUGGAAUGAACAUGGAAUGUGUGGCGACGGUUCCCUUCAGGACAUCACACAACCUCAGCCAAUCCCUGCUCUCGCCGAUGCUGUGGCUCUUCUGAUUGGCUGUGGAGCAGGGCAUUCAAUGGCACUGUGCAGUUUGAAGAGCAGUGAAGACUCAGCAAGAUGAGCAGGCCACUACCGUGCUUGUUUCAUCUACUGCUGUCCCUAAUUGGCUGUUUUGGUUGUCCUGGCUGAAACUAAUCCUGUUACUGCUGCUUUCUGAUUGGUUUCUGCUUCUCCAGUCCCAGCUAAUCCUCACAUGUCCUUUAAAAAAUGGCCUUCAGUCCUGCAGUUGGUCAGUCUUUGAUUUUCUGUUUAGACUGUCUUUGGUUGUUAGUAUUUUGGCUUGCUGUGUAUUUGUGCUUUGCUAGUAUUUUGAAAGCUUGAAAUCCCUGUUUGUUGAUAUUGUUUGGCUUUAUUUGAUUUACACUUUGUUAUUGUUGUUCAAGUUUGUUCUUACUGUACCUUACAUUGCCCACUUAUAUUUCCUCGUGAGUCUAGAAAGGCUGGUAGGUGAGUACGGUUUGUCAUGUGACAAACAUGUCAACACAUAGAUUAACCUUUUUCUAGAUUCUUAAUUGUUUAUGUUUAAAUUACUUAAAUAUGUAAAAAGUUAACUUAAUUCCUUAAUGUUGACAAAUUGAUUGUGUGGAACCCAGCAUUUUUUACAGUGUACUCUUAAGUUAACAUUUUUGUGAGCGAUUCACUCAAACGAUUAAAAACUGGGCUCACUCAUGAA